AUGUCUGUGUUUUUAGGUAAUGUGGGUGGUACCCCCCAAGUCGAUAUUGCUGUCGCAAAUAGUGGUACAAACAACGUUGGUGUUUUACUGAAUAAUGGUGCUGGCGUAUUUGCUGCUCAAGUAACCUAUGCAACUGGCUUAACACCUAUGUCUUUGGCAACAGCCGAUCUGGAUGGUGACACGGACUUAGAUAUUGUUGUCGCAAAUAGGGGUACAAACAAUGUUGGUGUUUUUAAGAAUAAUGGUGAUGGCACAUUUUCUCCAGAAGUAACCUAUACAACUGGCGAUGACUCAGCACCCAUGUCUGUGUUUUUAGCCAAUGUGGAUGGUGUGAACGGCCCUGAUAUUAUUGUCACAAAUAGUGGCACAAACAACGUUGGUGUUUUACUAAAUAAUGUUGCUGGCGCAUUUGCUGCUUAA